ACUAUUGAACACAACUAUAUUGGGGUCGCGGGAAGGCCCUAGCCCUAGCUACGCCGUACCACAUGCGUAAGCGCGUAACAUUACGCACUCCCCCAAGCUUACGUUUGGCUCAACCUUUGUCACUCAUAGCACCCACUAGCCUUCAUAUAAAAGGAAUCCUUCUUGUGCAGCGUUAGAACAAUUUGUGCAUAGCCCUUUCGUUUCCUAUCGAGAACAUCCUCUACAGAAAGACGCUAUGUCAGACGUAGAGGUCAUCGGCGCCGGCUUCGGGCGGACUGGGACGUUAAGUCUGUACACGGCGCUCAACCGCCUGGGCUACAAGACACAUCACAUGAAGGAGGUGAUCAUGACCGGCACAGCAUCCGGAUGGCUACAAGCCGCCCGCGACCGCGCCGCUGGCCGCCCCAUCAACUGGGAUUCAAUCCUUGGCGGCUACACCGCCACUGUUGAUUGGCCCGCGGCCGCUUUCUACAGCGAACUCCUCGCAGCAAACCCAAAUGCCAAAGUCAUCCUGACAUUGCGUGACUUCGACAGCUGGUACGAGAGCGCUCUGGCCACCGUGUAUACGAUGGGCGAGUGCGGCAGCAGCAUCCGGCCGCCUGCCUACCUGGCUCCGCUGUUCCGCCCCCUGACGAACCUCUUCAGCAUGAACGACCUGAUGUUUAAAGACGGCAUCUUCGAGGGGCGCUUCUUGGAUAAGGAAUUCGUACGGAAGGUGUACGAGUCCCACCAUGCUGAGGUACGGCGUGUCGUACCGCCCGGGCAGCUGCUGGAGUUCCACGUGAAGGAGGGCUGGGGGCCGCUGUGCGCCUUCCUGGGCAAACCCGUGCCGGAGGGGGAGCCCUUCCCGCGCGUCAACGACACGGCGGAGUUCCUGGGCAACAUCGCGAAGGUUCGCAAGCUAGCCCGGGUGCUGUCGGUGUUCUUCGCCGCCAGCAAUGCGGCGCUGGUGGCGGCGGCGGCGGCGUCCGUUGUGGCGGCGGUGCAGGCGAUUCGCAACCGGUUGUGAGACCGGUUGGAGCUCCGAGCGAGGGGUGGCGCAUGUGCAACCUGCUGCCUGACUUGAACCAUGGUUAGGGUGAUUGUUAUCUUGGUUAUCUGUUAGGUUGGUUGUACGGCGGUUAUAUUUAAUAAGGGCUUUGCCUUUCAAGCAACGCCUUAGGGCUGCUGCCAGGUUAGCAGGGUAAACACAAUCCUAUGCUGCAAGAAGCGCCAAAGCGCCCCGGAGGACAGCGUGCGGCUUGGAAGGACAAGGGCAAAGAGGGCUGCGCCCCGAAGGCCUUGGUUGCUUGCGUUGCAGUUCCAUUACUCUGCGGCUGCUGGGUGUUGUGAUUCGUGGUUUCGGCUCUUGAGCUCUUGAGGACGCAGCUAGGGAGUCGAGGUGUGUGUGUACAGAGCGGUACAGCUGUACUGUAUAGGCAGGAGUGAAGUGAUUCGUGAUUUGUGAACUGAUGUGGCAUGUGCAGAAGAUUGAGCAUUGAGGGGAUAUAUUCAGCAUUUGAGUAUUCAUGCAUGCAUGCAUGACGCGUGCGAAAAAGCAAUCACGGUCCUCCUCCUUUUUGAGCUCCACUCUGGCAGUUGUCGCGUCCCUCGCUUGCAUGUCGCCCUUGACACGCAUGUUGCAUGCACCUAAGAGCCAUGGAGCCUGCCCCGCUGUGAUGCCAUCAGAUAGUGCCGGCAGCCUGCCACUGCACUCGCCAGUACAACCUCUGCUCCAUACACAGGCAGCAAGUGUACGGCAUGACUUCGGCGCAUAUUGUAACAAUCACUUGCUCG